UGGGAGCGGGUCGUUUUGCUGGGGCUCGUGCUUAGGAGCGUAUUCGGGCGCCGCCGUGCAAGGAAUGCCGCUUGUUUCUCGAGCUGUUUCGGCUCUGCUCAACUGCUAAUGACCAUAAUUGCACAUUGGGAACUGGAACAGUUGCGUUGUGUCUUUUCCUUCGAUCGUGUCACGCCAUGCCUUCUGGCUGGUCCUUGGGGUUGGCAAGUUAAUGCGAUGGCACGCAGGCUCCGUUUGCACUUUGCUGCACGGCGGAGCAACACGGACCCCUUGUCAGAGACCUGCGCCCGUGGGGGGGAGGACGCCUACAUCCAGAUGAAGGUGACUCCAGGGCAGCUGGCUUUGUCUCCAUCACGCCACUCGUCCUUGUUCAUACCCAGGGUAGGUGGCCAUGGCAGCAAGAGGAGCACCUUGCAGAUCUCCCUGCAGCCCCCCAAGCUAAAUGGGGAUAUGCAUGGCUGUGUGAGAGCCCCCUGUACUGAGGACUCUGGCCAGGGUGGUGGUGAGGAGCUCGCUCCAAGCCCAGAUGAGAGUUCCAGCAGCAGCAGUACGACCAGCGAUGCAGGCUACUGCAGCAGUGGCAACAUUUUUGAGGUUUGCCCCUCGGCGUGCGUGCCAAGGCCAGAGGGCACCCAAGUUUGGGCGAAGACGCCCCUGAGGCGCUGCUCUUCUCUGGUGAUUUUUCCUCGCAGCCCAUGUAUCACACCCCCAGCAUCACCCGUCGGAUCUUACCUGACCUCUCAUCAGCUCCUCCUCUCUGGUGAAGAGCCUGCGGUCGAAGGCAGGCCUACUGCUUCCAAGGCCCCGGUGGCUACAGCCGUCAGCGGGUUGCGGCUGUCCAGGACCAGUCGCCCUCUGCUGGAGCCAAAGGAUGCCAGGCCUGUGACCCCUGUGGCCACCCUGCCUGACCUGGACGCAGACAAGGGCAAGGUUGCCGAUGGUGAGGGCCCGGCCAAGCGUUCUGGCAUCUUGUUUCGCUUCACCCAGCUGCCGCCUAAGAAAGGGGCAGCACAAACCUCCAGCUGUCCCUGUGGCCAAGUGGUGGCACAGCCCAAGCUGCUCCGCAGCACCUCAGUGAGCACCGUCUGCUCUGCUAAUGCUCAUGACUGCUGCCAUCGGCCCUUGCAGAGGAGCUUUUCUCUAGAAGCAGCACGUCCAUACGUCUCCUGCCGCGUUACACACCCUGGACUGUCAGGCUCCAGAAGCGAACCACCUCUCGUGCACAUCCACGUGUCCCACAGAGUGGCCGGAGGGGACUGCAGCUCCUUGAAAGAAAUUCAUUCCAACUGCGUAGCAGAUCGUUGCCAAAGCAGCCGACAGCAAAGUGUGGGGACAAGGGAUGACUUCCUUGGCCAAGUGGACGUGCCCUUGCACCAGAUACCGACAGAAAAUCCUAACAUUGAAAGGCCAUACACAUUUAAGGAUUUUCUUCUUCACCCAAGAAGUCACAAGUCUCGGGUUAAAGGUCAUCUGCGAUUGAAGAUGACAUACUUGCCUAAAGCUGGGGGUUCAGAAGAUGAUGGCAGUGAGCAAAGCGAGGACUUAGAUCCGGGUUGGGAGUUUCUGGAGAACCAGGAUGUGAGCAGUCCACAGAACCACCACCUCCUGCCUGCGCUGCCUCCUGGCUGGGAGGAACGGCAGGACAACCUGGGCAGGACCUACUUUGUGAACCACAAUAACCGGACUACCCAGUGGCAGAGGCCCACUAUCCCGGACACUGAGGAGGAGGCGGAGCGGCGGCAGGUUGUGCAUGCAGAAGCACAGCAGGCCUUCACAGCCCGCAGGCAGAUAUCGGAGCACGAGGAGGGCCACGAGCACCGGGAGUCACCUGAGAGCUGGGAGAUUAUAACCGAAGAUGAGACGACGCUGUAUAACCAUCCCAGCCAGCGCUCCCCUCCACCGCCCCACUCCCCCCAAGAGUUCCACACCUUCUGUGAGGAGCUGAGUCGGCUACAGGCAUCGGGGGUCACGCCUGGCGAACGACGCGCCUCUCUCACGCCACAGGGUCACUCCAGCCGUAGAGGAAGUACCCAGACGUUGUCUGUGGAGGAGCACCCUGCACUUCCCAUGCUCUUGCCCACCUCAGCAGGGCUGCCCCCGGGCUGGGAGGAAAAGCAGGACAGUAAGGGCAGGGUGUACUAUGUUAAUCACAACAGCAGGAUGACCACAUGGACCCGUCCCCUUGUCCAGACUACCUCGGAGGCAGCGCAAGCAGUCAGUCCAACACUGUACCAUCCACCCCUGCUUUCCCCUGAAGCCUCCCCCCAACACUCUGUGGGUCCUAGGCCCAAGCCCGACUACGGAUUCAUGCCCCCUGGGUGGGAGGUCCGCAGCGCACCUAAUGGCAGGCCCUUCUUCAUCGACCAUAACACCAAGACCACCACCUGGGAAGAUCCCAGGCUGAAGAUACCUGUGCACAUGAGAAGACGGCCUUCGCUCGAUCCCUCGGACCUGGGACCACUCCCGCCUGGGUGGGAGGAGAGGGUACACAGUGAUGGCAGAAUAUUCUACAUAGAUCACAACACCAAGACCACACAGUGGGAUGAUCCCAGAUUACAGAAUUCUGCCAUAACUGGACCAGCGGUGCCUUAUUCCAGAGAUUACAAGCAGAAGUAUGAAUACUUCAGGAAGAAGCUGAAGAAACCGGCUGACAUUCCCAGCCGCUUUGAGAUGAAGAUUCGACGGGCAGCGCUGCUGGAGGAUUCCUACCGGCGGAUUCUGUCUGUCAAGAGGACGGACUUAUUGAAAGCCCGUCUGUGGAUUGAGUUUGAUGGGGAAAAGGGGCUGGACUAUGGAGGUGUGGCCAGAGAGUGGUUCUUCCUCAUCUCCAAGGAGAUGUUCAAUCCUUACUAUGGGCUCUUUGAGUACUCAGCCACGGAUAACUACACGCUGCAGAUCAAUCCGAACUCUGGCUUGUGCAACGAGGACCACCUGUCCUAUUUCAAGUUCAUCGGAAGAGUGGCUGGAAUGGCGGUGUAUCAUGGCAAGCUGCUCGAUGCCUUUUUCAUCCGGCCAUUCUACAAGAUGAUGCUGCAGAAACCGAUCACCCUGCAAGAUAUGGAGUCUGUUGACAGUGAAUAUUUCAACUCCCUAAAAUGGAUUUUGGAGAAUGACCCCACAGAAUUAGAUCUCAGGUUCACCAUUGACGAAGAGCUUUUCGGACAGACACAGCAGCAUGAGUUGAAGCCAGGAGGAACAGAUGUGGUUGUCAAUGAAAACAACAAGAAGGAGUACAUCCAUCUUGUCAUACAGUGGAGAUUUGUAAACAGAGUUCUCAAACAGAUGACUGCUUUCAAAGAGGGGUUUUAUGAGCUGAUUCCUCUGGAUCUCAUUAAGAUAUUUGAUGAGAAUGAGCUAGAGCUGCUGAUGUGUGGCCUAGGAGAUGUGGAUGUGAAUGACUGGAGGGAGAAUACAAAGUACAAAAGUGGCUACUGUGCCAACAGCCCGGUCAUACAGUGGUUCUGGAAGACGGUGUUGCUAAUGGAUGCGGAGAAACGGAUACGCCUGUUGCAGUUUGUGACAGGGACCUCCCGCGUGCCCAUGAAUGGCUUUGCGGAACUCUACGGAUCCAAUGGGCCGCAACUCUUCACCAUUGAGCAGUGGGGUACGGCAGACAAACUGCCCCGAGCACACACCUGCUUCAACCGUCUGGAUUUGCCCCCAUAUGAGUCAUUUGAGGACCUGAGAGAGAAGCUUCACUUGGCCAUAGAGAACGCUCAGGGCUUCGACGGAGUGGAUUAAGGAGCUACAAGUUCUCGGUAGUGAAGUGGUCCCGCCAACUGUGAAAGGGUCCGUGGCAGCGAGUGUGAUGAGUGUGAUUGCUGCUCAGCAUUUUACCCCGCACCUGACCAAGGCCUGUCUUGGGAAGUGCUAACACAGAGAAACUCACACUGCACACCAACAGGAGCUGUGAGAUCUUUUUGCUAAUGCUGUGUUCUCCUGUGGAGAUUGAAGCAACAUGGUGAUGUCCCUGCUUAUGUCUUUAUAUUGCUGACAAUAUGUUAUGUUUACAAAACUUUGUAUGCGUGUAACAUACAUUCUUUUUGUAUUAUUGUAUGUGUAUAGAUGUAUACGCCUCUGUCCAAUAAGGCAUACUCAUUUGGUCAUAGGGCCAUGUAUGCUAUUAUGCUAUGUGGGUGUGGCCAGCAAGCAGUAUCCUGGGAAGCUCAUUUGAGCCUCUCCCUUGAAGUCUAAAAUUGAUGGUACUUGGUCAAAUUCAGUGUUAAAAUUAAGAAAAACACACCCACACACAUAUAUAAUAUAUACAUACAUACAUACUUACCAACUUACCAACAUACGUGAACAUAUUGUUUGUAACUCUCAGAAAUGCCUUUCUAACUAUAGCUGAAUUUACACUCCAAGUAGGUUGUUGGAU